AUGUACAUCAGAAGAGCUCCUUCGACCAACACACACGAGUCUGGAGGUGGAUCGUGUAGUUCCAAGUCUCUGUCGUUCUUGCACAAACCACAGCGGGUCACGCAGCCUCGGCCGUUUUACGCAGACGACUCUCUGCGACGGAACACCGACUUGAACCGAGGAUCGAUCCAAGUGGACCAGAGUGGUGGUAUUUCAGACUGCAAGGUCACGCAACAGGCGCCUGAUGCGAACCCGGACCCUGCCGAGGACGACCCAGCCUACUAUGCGUCGCUGGUGAACCCUUACUUCCCAUCGGAGACCUCUCCAUGGGACUCACAGCCGAAGCCGCCUCUAGUGCGCAAGAAGUCCGGAGAAGUAGUGCGUUCCAACUUAAAAAUGGCGCAAAGGUCCCGCUCGUUGCCGGCGACUCCGAGCGACAGGGAACCGGACCAAGGAUUGGCUUUCCCGCUGCUUGGACCCAAGCGCUCCAAGAGUGUCCAUUUUGACCAACGCGACGUGGUGUCGGUCAAGUAUUUCCGCCAGGAGGACUCCCCGCAGAACGUGGCGUCCGAGGACAUUACGGAGGGGCCGUUAGACGACAACAACGAUAAAACUCUCUCAAUGUCGGACGACAGUGCGGUAAGGAGAAAUCUAACCAACAACGGUGCCGGGGCUGCAGAGCCGGUCGAUCUGACGAUGGCGAUGUCCAACAUGCGGCUUGAGAGACGGGCGUCGCAGGGAUUUGGCCUCAGACGCAGCAAGCGGUACCAGAAACUCAAGGCCAACGACAGUGCUGCCAAGGGUAGCGGCCAGGGCCACGACCUCAUCACCAGGCCUGGCCUGUACCGCGAGAACUUCCCCACGCUCAACGGUGGCGAUCGCAACAGCCUUAAACUCAACAUUUUCCUCAACAUCGCCCACAAUAGCUAUUGUUUCCUGCAAGAACUGUGCCUGGUGAGCGACCAGCACUACUUGGUGGGCCACAUUCUGGUCAAGAACAUCUUCUACGAUAAAAAGGUGGUGGUCAAGUAUACCCAGGAUCGCUGGCGCACUGCCAGCGAGGUCGAGUGUAUCUGGACCAGCAGCGGCGACGACGUGCUUCCGGGUCUCGCGAUGGACCGUUUUAAAGUGGUAAUCGACUUGGCCACCCUAUACAAUGGUGUCACGCGCAGCCACGGCGCACCAGCAGUCACGUCAAACCCAGCAGCAGUUGCGCUGGCCGAGUCCAUCGCCGACGACUACUCCAGCAUGAAACUGGAGUUUUGCAUACAGUACACGACGCGCAGCAGCGAAGAACGGGUUGAGAAGUGGGACAACAACAACGGCCGCAACUACGUUGUGGACGUAGUUUUCCCGAAGCCUCGCAUGGGCUUCACCGAUCCAUUCGGCGACUCGUGA